AUGUUGACUCGUCGACUUCUAAAGACGCUACUAGUCCUUUCUUCGUUAGGUGCCUGCUCGGCAUUCGCUCCAACAGUCGGUGGUUCAAGCAAAGCUGUCCUCCAACAACAAGGUCUUCAACAGCAACGAUGUUCUCCAUUGGUAGUUUCCAAACAAUCCAACAAGCAGAUUCACAACAAUGGACAGUCGUCCACCCGACUGAAAUCGGUAAUGGAAAUCAUUGGAACAUCACCUGAACCAAUCCACACGGCAUUUAGUUUUGCAACCUUUGGUCCACAGCCGUUUUGGCUGCUGUUGAUUUUUCUGCCCAAGGCCGAUAUUACCAAGAAAGUCAUGGGAAGUCUGGAUGUGGUUGUCUUUUUUGCCUUGACGCAUUUCUUCAUUGUGGCGAGUUCGAUUGUCCAACCGGGCGCCACGGCACCGUUGCUGGAAUUCAACGAAGUCUUCAACCCCGGUGGCGAUCCGCAAGCGGCGUUCAUGAACAUGGUUACCAACUAUCCCAACUUUGUAGCGGAAGAAUGGAGUCACGUCUUGACUUGGGACUUGUUUGUGGGCCGAUGGGUUUGGUUGGAUGGUCUACGACGAGGAGUGUUUACAUCGCAUUCCGUAUUGUUUUGCAAUUUGAUUGGUCCCCCUGGUCUGGUGCUGCAUUGGAUUACCUGUCUUGUCUCAGGCAAGGGAUUUGGGGAAAACGAAGCACCCGAGGAGAUGGAAGAAUAA